CUUCCCAGUCCCGGGAGGCCGCCGCGCCAGCGGCGCAGCUCAAGACCUUCCCAGGUCCCACAGCCCGGCUCUGGACGUGAGACCCCGGCCACCUCCAGCAAGGAGAGGCGGGAGUCCUGUCGCCCUGUCCAAAGAUCUCACCACAUCUCUUCUCCUCCUAUCUCCAAGGACCAUGACCUUGGGGAGCUUCAGAAGGGGCCUUUUGAUGCUGUCGGUGGCCUUGGGCCUAACCAGGGGAGACUUGGCGAAGCCUUCUAAGCUGGUGAACUGCACUUGUGAGAACCCACACUGCAAGAGGCCAGUCUGCCAGGGGUCAUGGUGCACAGUGGUGCUGGUUCGAGAACAGGGCAGGCACCCCCAGGUCUAUCGGGGCUGCGGGAGCCUGAACCAGGAGCUCUGCUUGGGACGUCCCACAGAGUUUGUGAACCAUCACUGCUGCUAUAGAUCCUUCUGCAACCACAACGUGUCUCUGAUGCUGGAGGCCACCCAAACUCCUUCGGAGGAUCCAGAAGUUGAUGCCCAUCUGCCUCUGAUCCUGGGUCCUGUGCUGGCUUUGCUGGUCCUGGUGGCCCUGGGUGCUCUGGGCUUGUGGCGUGUCCGGCGGAGGCAGGAAAAACAGCGGGGUCUGCACAGUGACCUGGGCGAGUCCAGUCUCAUCCUGAAGGCAUCUGAACAGGGAGACAGCAUGUUGGGGGACUUCCUGGACAGUGACUGUACCACAGGCAGCGGCUCGGGGCUCCCUUUCUUGGUGCAGAGGACAGUGGCUCGGCAGGUUGCACUGGUGGAGUGUGUGGGAAAGGGUCGAUAUGGCGAGGUGUGGCGCGGUUCGUGGCAUGGCGAGAGUGUGGCGGUCAAGAUUUUCUCCUCACGAGAUGAGCAGUCCUGGUUUCGGGAGACGGAGAUCUACAACACAGUUCUGCUUAGACACGACAACAUCCUAGGCUUCAUCGCCUCCGACAUGACUUCGCGGAACUCGAGCACGCAGCUGUGGCUCAUCACCCACUACCACGAACACGGCUCCCUCUAUGACUUUCUGCAAAGGCAGACGCUGGAGCCCCAGUUGGCCCUGAGGCUAGCUGUGUCCGCGGCCUGCGGCCUGGCGCACCUACAUGUUGAGAUCUUUGGCACUCAAGGCAAACCAGCCAUUGCCCAUCGUGACCUCAAGAGUCGCAAUGUGCUGGUCAAGAAUAACUUGCAGUGUUGCAUUGCAGACCUGGGACUGGCUGUGAUGCACUCACAAAGCAGCGAUUACCUGGACAUCGGCAACAACCCCCGAGUGGGUACCAAGAGAUACAUGGCACCGGAGGUGCUGGAUGAGCAGAUUCGCACAGACUGCUUUGAGUCGUACAAGUGGACAGACAUCUGGGCCUUCGGCCUAGUGCUAUGGGAGAUCGCCCGGCGGACCAUCAUCAAUGGCAUUGUGGAGGAUUACAGGCCACCCUUCUAUGACAUGGUACCCAAUGACCCCAGUUUUGAGGACAUGAAAAAGGUUGUGUGCGUUGACCAGCAGACACCCACCAUCCCUAACAGGCUAGCUGCAGAUCCGGUCCUCUCCGGGCUGGCCCAGAUGAUGCGAGAGUGCUGGUACCCCAACCCCUCUGCUCGCCUCACCGCACUGCGCAUAAAGAAGACAUUACAGAAACUCAGUCACAAUCCAGAGAAGCCCAAAGUGAUUCACUAGCCCAGGGCCACCGGACUUUCUCUGCCUAAAGUGUGUGCUGGGGUAGAAGACAUAGCCUGUCUGGGUAGAGGGAGUGGAGAGAGUGUGCUCGCUGCCCUGUGUGUGCCUGCUCAGCUUGGCCCCCAGCCCAUCCAGCCAAAAAUACAGCUGGGCUGAAAUUC